ACGUUGUGCGACGAGUACCUUUACAUAUCUUUAUACGAUCCCAUUUCUAUCGCGCCAAAGUGACUGCCUCUACGCGAUCAAUUUGAAAUCAAUUUUUGAGGGAUUUAUAAAACUUGUAUUUGUACCCGUUAUAGAUGUGCAUGCCCCCGAUGCCAGGCAUGGCGGCCAUGCCAAACCUUGCAAUGCCGAUCCAUCAAUCCGCCGCAAUCGAUUACGGAAGUUCGUCCAUCCACUAUCAACCGUACAAUCCCGGGUUGAGCGGUCAUCACCUUCAGACGGGCCAGUCCGCCUACUGGUACCCGCCGACUGGUCCCACCACGAGCCACAGCCAAAUUACGGAGCCGCUCACGCCGCCGGCGUACACGAUGACGAGUGUCGCGGGCAGCACGACCCACUCGUGGACGAGCCACUCGACGACCCACCACCAGCUUCCUCAGCCUCAGCUGAUCCCGCCGAUGCAGCAUUACCCGCUGCCGCCGAGCCCUCCCGACCACCUCCCCCCAAGCCCCCAGGACCACCACCACUCCCCCUAUCAAUGGCCCCUCACGCCGCCCGCCGACCAUCACUUCCUGGAGGAUCCCUCCGGGAAAUCGAGCGGGAGGAAGUGCAUAAGAUGCCGGUGCCCGAACUGCCAGACGGACAAUGGGGGUGGCCAGCUCGGUGUGGACGGGAAGAGGCAACACGUGUGCCACGUGCCGGGAUGCGGCAAAGUGUACGGGAAGACCUCUCAUUUGAAGGCGCAUCUGAGAUGGCACACGGGCGAGAGGCCGUUCGUCUGCAACUGGCUGUUCUGCGGCAAGAGGUUCACCAGGAGCGACGAGUUGCAGCGUCAUCUUCGUACGCACACGGGGGAGAAGAGGUUCGCCUGCCCCACGUGCGGGAAGAGGUUCAUGAGGAGCGACCACUUGACGAAACACGUGAAAACGCACGAGAAUCAGAGGAAGAAGAGUAGUUCCGCGGGGGGGGCCAAGAAGGAGUCUGACAAGGAGAACUCGAUGCCUGGACCCGCGCAAAAUUCUGCGUAUCCCUCGGUCGGUGGUGGACAGUACGCUAUGAUUUAGACGAGGGGAGGGAGGAGGGGGGGAGUUAUUGAAAUCAUUGAAAUUCCCCCUUUUCUGAAGUAUAGGAGCGAGUAUAUUCGCGUUUUGUAAAUAAUUUUAUCCGUGAAAAAGUUCCUUCUACUACGUCAUACUUGUAUUAUUAAUUACUGUAUAUAGAAAAUUACUGUAUAUAUUUUUGUAAAAUAUCAUUCAUAUGAUUGUAUACGAACGAGAGAACGAGAGAGA